AGGAUCAACAUGUACACAGAGGGUAUUUUAGAUCUCACUGAGAUGAUGCUGCAAGUGGUCAUUUGUCCCCCAGACCAAAGAGAAGCCAAGAUCUCCUUGGUAAAAGACAAGACCAAAAACCGGUACUUGCCUGCCUUUGAAAAUGUAAGUAGGCUGUUUGAAGUCUGGGGACACUGCCUUCCCAGGACAAGAGAAAGGCAGAGGUUGGGAGGGACAGGGUGCUGCUGCACUGACCUUCUUAAUUUGGCAGGUCUUGAAGACUACCUUGUGGGCAUCAGGUUGACCAGGGUGGACUUUCACCUGCUGGAAGUUCUCCUCUAUGUUGAAGAGCUUGACUCCAGCCUUCUGGCCCCUUUUCCCCUGCUGAAGGCCCUGAAGAACAGAAUCAGCAGCCUGCCCAACGUGAAGAAGUUCCUGCAGCCUGGCAGCCAGAGAAAGCCUCCCAUUGAUGCCAAACAAAUCGAAGAGGCAAGGAAGAUUUUCAAGUUUUAGUAAAGCUGUGUUUACCGAG